AUGCAUCCUAUGCCACGAUCAAAAGACGACGAAUUUUCAGCCGUCACGAUACCAAUAGUGUCGGAGUAUAUAUGGUACUCUAUCCUGAACUCGAUGGUUUUGGCGAGCAUCACCACGUUAGUCCUGCUUUCUGCACACCGUUUGAAGCGUCAAAGGGGGCCCUGA